AUGGAUUAGGACUAGAAUCUAUUGACUUUAGUGGUUUAAAUAAUAUAUACAAAUAAUGAGAGACAUCUAAACUGUGCGUUUUUAGAUCAAGAUCGAAGAAUGAUUGAAGUGUGUGAAUUUCAAGACAAUGAACAUUUUAGUGUGUUUGAGUGUCUGGUUCUUUAAGUAAAUCCAAAUGGAUAGGAUGCUAAAUUAACAGUGUUGAUAUAAAUGCCCGAGUUAGAGAGUGAGAAUAGAAAAGUGCGGGAUAUUUUAGAAUAGUGUGAAUUUGAAGUAAUUGAAAAAAACAAAAAAGAUUUUUCAGAAAUUAAUCUUUCCAAUCUAAACAAGGUCUUGAAGAAGAAUUUUAACACAUGCAGAGUUGAAGAGUAGAUUUGCACUCAAUGUAUUCAAUGUUUAUUAGAACAUACUCGUCUUUACAAAGAUGACACAAAUACUUAAAAAUUUAAUAUAGGAUUACUUAACUUACAUAAAUUUAUGAGGUUAGACUUGGCAGCCAUCAAUGCCUUAAUGAUAUUCCCAAAGCAAGGCAUAAAAUAAUUUGACAGUGGAAACAAUGCUAGCACUUUAGUUGAUUAUUUGGAUAGAUGUAUUACUCAAAUGGGAAAAAGAUGUUUAAGAAGAUGGAUCAAAAUGCCAUUAUAAUCAAUACAAGAAAUCAAUUAAAGAUUGAAUAUAGUCGAGUACUUGUAUUAGAACUCUUCCUUCAGAUAAUUUUUAAAUGAAGACUUUUUAAAAAGAAUACCUGAUUUAGACAAGUUAUAUGCCAAAUUCUAUAAGGUGGCAAGUGAUAAGAGGAAUAAUGCUAAUCUUAGUGAUUGUGUUAAAGUUUACUAAUUAAUCCAAAAAAUCAAAGACAUAAUCAAAAGAGUCAAUCAAGAAAUGUAUUAGAGUCAAAAUUCCAUACUUUAAGAGAUAUUUCUUAAACCUUUUGAAGAAAACUUAAGUGAUUUCGAGAAAUUGGAAGAAAUGAUUGAGAAAUCCAUUGAUUUAAGCAAAGCUUACACUGGUGAAUUUAUUGUAAAUCCUAGAUUUUCUGAGAAAUUAAUGUAACUUAGUAAAAACAUUACAUAAUGUAUGAAUGACAUUGAAAAUGUAAGGCUAGACACUGAAACAGAAUUAGGAAUCACUGUUACUCUAAUUGAGUCUGGAACAUAUACCUAUAUUUUUGAAGCUAAAAAACAAAGUGCUGAUGAAGCUUUUAGAAAAAAUCCUAAAAAAUAUAAGACUAUUUCUGUGAAGAAUAGAGCUCUAACCUUUACAGUAGAGAAGCUACAGUCAACUGUUGCUGAUUAUGUUCAUUUUAGAGAUCUUUAUUAAGAAGUUCAAUAGGAAAAAGUAUAAGAAAUUUUGAAAAUUGUUUGUUCUUACUAUCCCGUUAUGGAAUAAGCAUCAAGACUGAUAUCAGAAAUAGAUGUCUUAUCAGCAUUUGCAUCAGUAGCUAGAAAUGCUCCAAGAGCAUUUGUCAGACCAAUAUUUACCGAGAAAAAGGAGAUUUUAUUAAAAGAAUCUAGACAUCCAUUGUUAGAAGCAAUAGAUUCUACCUGUAUUGUAAAUGAUCUUGAAAUGGAUAGAAAAUCAUCAAGAUUGCAUAUAAUAACAGGACCCAAUAUGGGUGGAAAAUCUACUUACAUUAGGUAAAUUGCCAUUUGUGUGUUGCUGGCACAUAUUGGUUGUUUUGUGCCUUGCACUACUGCAGUUGUACCUGUAAUAGAUGCCAUAAUCACAAGAGUAGGAGCAAGUGAUGUUUAGACCAAAGGUAUUAGUACUUUUAUGAGUGAAAUGCUUGAAGCAAGUUGUAUGUUGAAAACUGCAAAACCUGAUUCCUUAAUAAUAAUUGAUGAAUUAGGAAGAGGAACAUCCACUUCUGAAGGAUUUGGAAUUGCUUGGGCCAUUGCUGAACAUAUAGCAAAAUAAAUAUAAUCUUAUUGUUUAUUUGCAACUCACUUUCAUGAAAUGACACUUAUGGAACAUGAAAUUACUGGAGUAAAAAAUUAUUAUGUAAGUUGUGUCACAGAAGAUGAUAAAAUUACCAUGGAAUAUAGGGUUAGAUAUGGAGCUGUAGAUAGGAGUUAUGGAUUAUUGGUUGCUCAAAUGUUAAAGUUUCCAAAGGAGGUUAUUGACGAUGCUAAAUAAAAGGCAAUAGAAUUGGAAACAUUCGAACAUAAUCUAGAAUCAAAUUUUAUUGAUGAAGAAGUCCCGAUCUUUAAUAAUAUUGAUGAUGAACUUCAAUACAAGGUUAGAAAUAGUACACUUCAAGCAAAAGAGAGAGUGAUCAAGGAGGCAGAAAAGUGGAAAAAUGAGUUAACAAAUGAAAAGAAUCCUUAAAAAAGAAAAGAAAUAAUUGAAAAAAGGAAACAAAUCAUACUAAAAUUAUUAAAAUGAGAUUAAAUUCAGUUUUUCAUAUUCAUAAUUUAUAAAUUUA